AUACAGCAGACAGAUGCUGUAACCCAGGGGUGUUGAACUCCAGUCCUCGAGGGCUGCAGUGUCUUCUGUUGAUGAUUUCAAAAAUGCACUUGAUUCAAGGUACACUACCUAUAAGACAUUUUGAGGCCUGGAAGAAGUGUUAGAUUUGUCCAAUUAAUCAAAUAAUUAGACCAAUUAAGUAAUUGAGCGAUCAGGUGGAACAAAAGGCAGAAGACACUGGGGCCCUCCAGGAACUGAGUUUGACACCCCUGCUCUAUCCAUUCACCUGAGGAGAGUUGUUGGAGCUGUUAAACUGGCUCUCAUCCAUUAGCCAUAGGAAGAGGACAGGUAAACAGCAUUAGCAUAUCAGGAAUGCAUGACUCACGAAGAAGUGUCUGUUGUUUGUUUUUCAAUCCCUCGAAUUAUCAAACCUUCCAACAUUGAAAAAGAAAAUGUCCAGUCUACAGGGCCCUGAUGAUUGGAAUGUCUUUGCAACCUGCUACUUAUCAUUUAAAACAUUUUGCCUAAGCAGUACAUAAUGGAAACAGGCCUUCAAUCUCUAUUGCUGGAUGACUGAGUGGAAUUUAAAAUAAGAACUGGCAUCCUCUUUCGACGGUUUCUCAGAAAAGAGAUCAAGCUGUCUCAUCUAUCUGCAAACAGCUCUUCUGUCUGUAGAGAGGAGGAGGACAAAGAGGGUGAGAAGACAACAAGCAAAAGACAAACCAGAGCCAUGAAGAACCGACUGGGCUGUUUAUCAAAUAAAUCAGAUUCAUGCAGUGAUUCUACUGCCUUUCUUCCUCCUGUACCAGAAAAGUCAACCAGAUGCAUAAAGUUAUCAACAGAAGAAGCCAAACGAUGGACAGAAUCAUUUGACAUUCUUCUUUCCCAUAAAUAUGGUUUGGCUGCAUUUAGAGCAUUCCUCCAAACAGAAUUCAGUGAGGAGAACAUUGAGUUCUGGAUGGCCUGUGAGGACUAUAAGAAGACCAAGUCCACAGCAAAACUAGGCUUCAAGGCUAAGAAGAUCUAUGAGGAGUUUAUUGAUGUUCAAGCUGCUAGAGAGGUGAACAUUGACUUUCAGACACGAGAGAUGACAAGGAGAAGCCUUCAGGAACCCACCCCCUCAUGCUUUGAUGAGGCCCAAGGAAAAGUGCACAGCCUUAUGGAAAAAGACUCAUACCCCAGGUUCCUGAGAUCUAAAAUCUACAUGGACUUAUUGAACCAGACUCAAAACCACUCCCAGAGGAGGUUUAGUUAGGGAAACCAGCAUUAUCUCUACUGAAUCCAUGCACCUUAAUUGAAUAUUUGUAAAUAGUACUAAAUAACCCAAGGGGUGUUUAAGGUUGAAAAUGGGAUAAGACCGCCAGGUACUUCCCUGCGCUGGUUUUACACAUUGUAUUAAAAUGUACAGCUCCAUAGACUUGUAGUUAUGGUCCCUGACUUGUUGUGACUUUACUUCAGACAAAUGGGUUUGAAGUUUAAAAAAUGUGAAGUUACUGGACUACAAUCCCUGUAAAACUCUAUGUUAUGCCUCACAUAUUUGACUGAGUUUAUUUUGUUCCUCCACCACCCUUGCACUUCUGUACCACUAAGGGUUGUGUCUCAAUCUCUACUCCUUGCAGACUCAACUUGAACUCAAGUCUCAGGGUUGCGGGGGGGGGGGGGUCACUAGGUUAUAUCAUACCUUCUGCUUCCCACAUUCAUCAAGACACCUAAUGAACAUAUCCAAACAUUGAGAAAGCAGGUUACAUCAUAGAUUGUGCCAUGGAAGGGGGGGGAUGCAGCUUGACAAAAAAAAAACAAGUGCAAGUAUUAGCAUAUGUGUUUAUAGUGCCUCCAUUGCAAUGUAUUUGAUCAAUAUAGUCUUGAGAACACAAUAAUAUGGUGUUGUAUAAUAAGUACAUUGAACAACACAAGCAAUAAAGUAAACACUUUAAUUUAAUAGCCACCAUGAACAUCCUGUUUCUU